GAUAAGCUCUCCACUCUCAACGCCUAAUUCGUCGAUUUAGUAUACCAAGUCGUCCGCCAUGAUCAGUGCUCUGUUCCUCAUCAGCCAGAAGGGUGAGGUAGUGCUCAACCGUUUUUACCGUGACGACGUGAGCCGACGCGCGGCCGACAAUUUCCGACUGCAGGUGAUCGCUGCCAAAGAGACGGGUACGCUCCCGCCUGUCAAGGUCAUCGAUGGGUGCUCGUUCCUGUACACCCGCCACGAGAACUUGUACCUGGUGGCUGUCUCUCGCGCCAACAUCAACGCCGCCUUGGUCUUCCAGUUUCUUUACCAGCUCAACAUCAUCUUCAAAGAAUAUUUCGGCAAAAAAUACAAUGAAGAGACCAUCCGAGACAACUUCACGCUUGUGUACGAGCUGCUGGACGAGACCAUGGACCACGGUUACCCUCAGAAUUGCUCCAGCGACGUGCUCAAGCUGUUCAUCAACCUUGGAUCGUCCCUCGCCACCCCUGAGAACCCUGGUGGGGCCCCACCUUCUCAGUUGACAUCGCAGAUCACAGGUGCCAUCGACUGGCGUCGUGAAGGGAUCCGCUACAAGAGAAACGAGGUGUACCUUGAUGUCUUUGAGAGCGUGAACUUGCUCAUGUCUUCCAACGGUACAGUGCUGCGCAACGAAGUGGCAGGUCAGGUGGUCAUGAAGACGCUGCUCACGGGCAUGCCAGAGUGCAAGCUCGGACUGAACGAUAAGCUCACGAUGCAGAAGGGAGACGCUCCAUCCGCUAAGGUAGCUGGUCAGAAGCGCGGCUCGCGUGAAGUCGAGAUCGACGAUUGCACGUUCCACCGCUGUGUGCGUCUAGGCAAAUUUGAUGCCGAUCGAACCAUCACGUUCAUCCCUCCGGAUGGAGAGUUCGAGCUUAUGAAGUACCGUGUGACGGAGAAUAUCAACCUCCCUUUCAAGAUCAUGCCCGCUUAUCAGGAGCAAGGCACCACUCGUCUCUCUGUCACACUGAAGCUGGCCUCACUCUUCAGUCCGCGGUUGUUUGCUACCAAUGUCGUUAUCAAAAUACCGACGCCACCGAAUACAGCUCGAGCUAAGAUCAAUGCUCCCAUCGGCAGAGCCAAGCACGAACCAGAAAACCAUGCGAUCGUGUGGCGUAUCCGCAAAUUCCAAGGCAAAUUGGAGCGGAUGCUGGACGCUGAAGUGGAGAUGCUGAAGGGCACAAAGGAAAAGCUGUGGUCGCGUCCACCAAUUCAGAUUGAGUUCCAGGUGCCAAUGUUCACGUCGUCAGGACUACACGUGCGGUUCCUCAAAGUAUUUGAGAAAAGCUCUUACCCGACGACCAAGUGGGUCCGCUACGUCACGCGUGCCGGACAAUAUCAACUCCGCAUCUAAUCAGGUCCAAGCUUGGGAGCAGACUGAUACCUGCCAAAUCAAACGUGGAGUCGGUAGUAUCCCGCUAAAAGAAAAAACACAUACUAUUGAUUUUAAGCGCAACUAACUGAAGAUGUAUUACGUUUAAUAUCUCCUUUAUGAACAAGAAUUGAGUAGCACAGCUAGGUCAUUACGUCGGGCGGUACUAGCCGAUGAAGACAACUUGAUCCGAAAGUAUGGCCUUAGUUGUGUUCGGCACCAAAUCCACUAGCAACGGAUGCGAUGUUAUACUCUUCACCAAGUCCAACCAUGAGCACCAGCACCGCCAGACACGCCGCCGCUAGCACCACCGCGAACGCCACCGCUUGCACCGCCAGACACGCCGCCUCCGAUGCCGCCGUUGGCACCACCGCCCACGCCUCCAGACACGCCUCCAGACACGCCUCCGCUAGCACCACCGCGAACGCCACCGCUUGCACCGCCAGACACGCCGCCUCCGAUGCCGCCGCUCACUCCGCCGCCAACACCGCCUUGGGCUCCACCAAACACGCCUCCUCCGAUGCCGCCGUUGGCACCACCGCCCACGCCCCCAGACACGCCUCCGCUAGCACCACCGCGAACGCCACCGCUUGCACCGCCAGACACGCCGCC